AUGGAAGGAAGUAAGGAUGCCUGUCGAGGCAGUGGAGUUGGCGCCAUCGUGCUUGGGGCGAGCUUGGGCUUCUCGUCGCCGACCAUGGCUGCAGUGUACAAUGCGAGUCAAGGGGACGAAGGAAGAGGAUGUGUUGAUUGGCAAGGUCAUGAAAUAUCAGAAAACGCAAAGAUGCUCAACUGCGAGCUUGCGCUGUCAGACAGCAUGUCGUCCUGGUUUGGCUCCCUUAUCAACAUCGGAGCUCUUCUAGGAGCCAUGGUGUCCUCCAGCCUGCUGGAUCGCUUUGGCAAGAGGGCGGGGAUGUUGCUGCUUCACAGUCUCUACGUCGUUGGGUGGGGUCUGUGUGCUGGGGCCCCUGGUCAUGCAGCCACAUCGUUGGCGAGAGCAGUGGAUCGCGGGCAGGUUGUCAUCAUGCUGGUGCUCUCAAGGCUCUUCAUCGGCAUCGCCGUCGGCAUCGCCUGCGCCUCCAUUCCCAACUAUCAAGUCGAACUUGCGCCUACGAAUCUUCGAGGAGCGGUCGGGAGUCUCUUCCAGAUCUCCGUCGUGCUGGGUCUCUUCUUCGUCUACCUCGCCGGCUGCUUCCUCGACUGGCGCUCCAUGGCGGUCGCCCUGGUUGUACUCUCUGCUGGUGGCCUCCUCCUCCUCCUCUUCCUCCCCGAGACUCCCACCUGGCUAGCAAGGAAAGGCAGGUUGCGUGAAGCUCGCGCAGUGCUGGAACGAGCGAGGGGAGGGGGCGCUUACGAUUUCGAGCUGAAUGGACCACGAGAAGAGCAAGGAGUAGACGCCGGAGGAAUCCUCAGCAAGAGAUGCCGCAAGCCGCUGCUGAUUGCCGUCGGGUUGAUGUUUGUGCAGCAAUGGAGCGGGAUCAACGCGGUCAUGUUCUUCUGCGGGAGCAUCCUGCAGAGCGUGUUCUCGGACUCAGCGGAGGCAAACGAGUACUCCAUCGGCAUCCAAGCCCUCCAGGUCCUCGUUACACUCGUGGCUGCUCGCUUCAUGGACUCGGUCGGUCGGAGGCCUCUGCUGCUGGUGGCAGCCCUUGGGCUGAGCUUGUCCUCGCUCUCACUCUCUCUUUUCUACCUCGUCGGCCAGCAGUGCGACUCUCAGGGCUGCUCGCAGGUCAUCCCCAAGCCCGUCGCCGUCGCCUCCUUGUACGCUUACAUCCUCUUCUUCUCCUGUGGCAUGGGCGCCAUCCCCUGGUUCAUCCUCGGCGAGAUCUCUCCUCCUCAUGCACAAGCCAGCAUCAGCGCCAUCGCGACGUCAGUCAACUGGAUCCUCUCCUUCUCCAUCACCAAGUCGUUGGAGCCUCUGACUGAGCUGCUGGGCGGGGCUGGGGAGGGGCUGGGGAAGGUUUUUCUCUUCUACAGCUGCGUCUGCCUGCUGGGAGCCUGCUUCAUCCACGCGUUCGUGCCGGAGACCAAGGGGAAGAGCUUCGAGGAGAUUCAAGCGAUGCUGCACGGAGAGAGCGCGGAGAAGCAAGAUUUAAAAACAGCAGCAUGA